UGAUGGCAUUAGGUCACCAUCUCAACAUGGUGGAGGCCGAGAAACAGAAGUUACGAGCUCAGGUUCGGAGGUUAGUCCAGGAGAAUACGUGGUUGAGAGAUGAGCUUGCUGCCACGCAACAGAAACUACAGACCAGCGAACAGAACCUGGCUGACCUGGAGGUCAAAUACAAACACCUAGAGUACAUGAACUCCAUCAAGAAGUUUGACGAGGAUCGAACACCAGAUGCGGAGGACACAUCGUCAGAUCCCUUAGAUCUAGGUUUCCCAGAAGAUGAUGAUGGGUCUCAAGCAGAUGAGAGUUACCCCCAGCCACAAUCAGGCAGUGGUUCAGUAUCAGCAGCAGCAGGGGGAUAUGAGAUUCCUGCCCGCCUACGUACAUUACACAACCUAGUUAUACAGUAUGCCUCACAGAGUCGCUAUGAGGUAGCUGUACCACUCUGUAAACAGGCUUUAGAAGAUCUCGAGAAAACGUCAGGUCAUGAUCAUCCAGAUGUAGCCACUAUGCUUAACAUUCUUGCCCUCGUCUACAGGGAUCAAAACAAAUACAAGGAGGCUGGUAACCUGUUGCAUGAUGCUCUUGCUAUCAGGGAAAAAACACUUGGACCAGAUCAUCCUGCUGUUGCAGCCACAUUGAAUAAUUUAGCAGUGUUGUAUGGUAAGAGAGGUAAAUACAAAGAAGCAGAACCUUUAUGUAAGAGAGCCCUGGAGAUCAGGGAAAAGGUUCUUGGGAAAGAUCAUCCUGAUGUAGCUAAGCAACUAAAUAAUCUAGCUCUGCUCUGCCAAAAUCAAGGAAAAUAUGAAGAGGUUGAGUGGUACUACCAGAGAGCUUUAGAAAUCUAUGAGAAGAAACUGGGUCCUGACGAUCCUAACGUAGCCAAGACCAAGAACAACCUCGCAGCAGCCUACCUCAAACAGGGCAAGUACAAGGCUGCAGAGACCCUCUACAAGCAGGUCCUAACUAGGGCCCACGAGAGAGAGUUUGGUAUAAGCGCUGACGACAAGGACAACAAGCCUAUCUGGAUGCAGGCCGAGGAGAGGGAAGAAAAGGGUAAAUUUAAGGAUAAUGCACCAUACGGUGACUAUGGAGGAUGGCACAAAGCAGCUAAGGUUGACAGUCGGUCCCGCAGUAGCCCUACGGUCACGACUACUCUUAAAAACCUUGGAGCUCUCUACAGGAGACAAGGAAAGUAUGAGGCUGCAGAGAUACUGGAAGAAUGUGCCGUGAAGUCUCGAAGAAAUGCUUUGGAUAUGGUGCGUGAGACCAAGGUGCGUGAGCUUCUAGGCCAAGACCUGUCGACCGAUGUACCACGGUCCGAGGCCAUGGCCAAGGAGAGACAUCACAGACGCAGUAGUGGGACCCCCAGGCAUGGCAGCACAGAGAGUGUGUCAUAUGAGAAGGCAGACGGGGGCGAGGAAGUGAGUAUAGGCGUAGCUUGGAAAGGGAAGCGGAAACCGAAAGAUCGCUCCCGAACGAUCCCCGAAGGUUAUGUAGAGAUUCCACGCAGCCCACCUCACGUACUUGUCGAGAAAGGGUUCGAAAAUGCACAACUUGGAAAGAAUGGUGAUGGCAAGUUAAGGAGAAGCGGUUCACUGUCAAAACUCAGGGCAUCGGUGCGGCGUAGCAGCACUAAACUUCUCAACAAGCUCAAAGGAAGAGAGUCCGACGAUGAUGGAGGGUCUGACAUUUUUGAUGGUUUAAUGGAUAUGGUGAAAAGUGGUUUCCUUAGAAGUAAUGGAAUAGAGGUGUGUAGAAGUCUCUCCGUCCCCGUAGAGGUAUAUCAUGAAAAGAGCUAGUUCUAUGUCAGUUCUACCCAGUAGAGGGAAUGAUGAGUCAUCACCGGCACCCAUUCAACUCAGUCUUCGUGGUCGCGUCGGAAGCCACGACAACCUUUCUUCACGUCGGCAAUCUGGAAACUUCUGAGACGAUCCCUUCAUCAGUACCUCCAUCCAUUGCACAAACUUUUAGCGAGUUGAGAUGAUCCCUGCCUGAUGAGAUGGCAGCAGAAUUAGUCCAGCAUAGCUCUUUUAUUUUUCAAUGGCACAAUGGAAUGACUUGAGCUGCUUCAGUUUUUUCACUAACAUCAAGUUUGUAGCAUCAUAAGUGCCACGAAAUCCCUGGAUUUGGAGAAGAAAAUUACACAACAUGUGGAUUUCCAGUUUUCAUGUGGAGCUGAUAAACAUUUUGAUGAACAUUUCUUUGAUAUAUUCGCACCAGAACUGACCACAGAAUUUGUCAAAAUCAUAUUCAUCAGUUUCCCUUUUAAAAUGGUAGCGCCACGAGGAUGAUCAGAUUUCCUGACUUGUUUGACCUAUUUCUAGAAUUUCCCAAAUCAGAUUGACCUUAGUGAAACAAACUGUAGAUAUCUAGCUCACUUAUUCAUGAUGUACUAAAAGAAUGGAGACUUCAAAGGUUUUGUUUUUCUUUUGCAAAUGAGAUGCCCAUUUUUUUUAUUGGGUUCAAAUGAACAAUCUGAUAAAAUAUAUUGCAAAUUUUUAUUCAUUAAUCUACCGAUUUUGUUGCUGUUCAGUGAAUGCAGUGUCGGGCAUUUCACCAGUCGAUUGUCUGAUGAAUUUAUUUGAGACAACAUGCUUGAUUUGUUUUGGGGUUUUUCCCCCAUGGUUGCUGCUUUGAAAGCUCAUAAGUUUGAACUGAAUAUGUAGUGCACACAUUAUCAACCAACAUCACACGUAUAUGAACAUUACUUUCUCUCUUGCAAAAGAAAGACAAGACGUUUAAAUCUCUAUCUUGUGAAGAAGCGUGAGUGAGCACUACCAAAAUAUGGCGUGAUGUGCAAUGACUAGUGCACGUACUGACUGAUUGUUGUUUUGUCUCCGUGGAAACCCCAUACCAAAGUGGCACACAAUUAGAUGGUGACCAUUAUUUAAUUGAAUGUAGCUAUAUAUAGAACAUGUACAAAUUCGAGAAAAACUAAGAGAAGAAAAUUAGACAUUAUUGAAUUUAUCUGAUUUAUUGUAUAUUAUAAUUGAUAGAUACAUACAUGUACUUGCAAGAAUUUGAUAACUGGAAUGAUUUCUUGUAGGGUGAAGAGAUAGCUUGAUUGAUGAAUAGUGAUAGAUAUACAAGGUUAGGUGUGAUUUUACUUAAAAUAGAGAUGGAAUCUAAACUUUAGCUGUGAGAUUUAUACUCUCUUUCUCAUUCACUGAUUUGAAGUGUACAGAAUGUAUCAAAUGAAUAAAACUGAAAAGAAAUCUUUCCGUGUUAGUAGUUAAAGCAGUCUCUAAAAGAGUACCGGUAUGCUGUCUGUGGCGUUUGUGACUUCAAUCAAUGUCUGUUAUUGUUUUAAAAGUAUGAUUUCCCAAAAUUGUUGAAAAGAUGAAUUUUAAAAUUUUAAUGAAAUUUAUUUUGAAAGGUACUGGCAUUUUCAAACUUUGCAUUGUCAGUGUAUGGCUUUAUAUAAAGAAUGGUCUAAUAAUCUUUUACACGUCAUAUAUAAAAAAAUCAUAUGAAAAUUUUAUUAUAUUGGUGUUCUCCUGAAGCAGUUACAGUGCACAGUUUAGCAGGAAUCCAAAUCAAUAUUUUACAAAGCAAGUAAUAAGUAUUUAAUUGUGAAUUGGUUAUGCAAUCAUAAGAUGUUGGAAAACUCUGCCCUGACUAUAAUGAUGUUAUAUGAAUCAAAAACUUGUGUUUGUAUGUUAUAAAAUCUGUCAUAAAAGGAGGCAGUGUGGUCUUAUGGUGUGGUUGCAUUCCUAUAUGUAUGUUAUUGAACACAAAUCUACUGCAUACUUACGCACAAAAAGUGUCAAAAUAAACGAAAGAUCGUGAAUUUAACCUUAGUCCUUAUCAAUAAUUAUAUAUCAUACAUGUAUCUCUUCAUUUGGAAUCGAUCUAUAAUCAAGCUGUACCAAGAACUAGAAAUAAGAUAACUUUUUUACACAAUCAAAAUGAUUUGGCAAUCACUUAGUGAAGCUUUUGUCUACUAUGUAGGUUUAGCCGACGUCUCUCUUUGGCCAGAGAUGUUGCAACACUGCAAGAAAAUAGGAUAAAUUGCUGAUAAAUUGUAUUUGUCCCAUACAAUGUUUUCAUAAUAUAGGAUGUGGCAGCCUAUUAAAGAAUUCAUUUCAUCCCCAAUGUCCAGCCAAUCUGAUGAACCUCUUCAAGAAUAAACCAAGAGCUCUUUGAUAUUCCAAUAAUAGACAAUUAUUUUAAAUUGUAAGUGCAGUAUGAUUUACAUAUUGAAAUGAAAUGUACUCCGUUCGUAUAAUGCUUGCAUGUAUGAUAAUUCUCACACACGGAGUUGCUAUCCAAUCUGAAGCCAGGCAUUGCAUUGUGUAAAAAUUCAUGUAAGUCAACUCUUCAUAGCAUGGCUGUAAUCAUCAAUUGUUAAAUGAAUGUGAUUUUUAAUUGUCAAACAGAUACACAAAGCAAAUCAAGAUUUGUUAUUGAUCACUCUCUAUCUCUUGCACUUGUGAUACUAGUAUUUCAACAUCUCAAAUUGUGUCUGAAUUAAAUUCUUGGUGAAUCUUUUUUUCUGAACUUUGCCAAUAACAGAAUCAAUUGUAGAAUAUGAAGGUAAUGAUCUUUGCUGCACUUUGAAUAUUGAUAUUGUCAGCAAGUUCUUCACUUAAUAGAACUCCAUCUAUCCAGUAUUAUGGUUUCUUCAUAGUUUUAUUUGUGGUUUAAAUGCUGCCGGAUAGUCAAUUUAUGCGUCCCUAUCUUCCUCUUAAAAGAAACAAAUUGUAAAUUACUGUUUAUGUUCCUUGAAUCAGCAUUCAUAAUCCUUUUCAAAAUGUGCUCUGAUGUAAUAUUUAGUAACAUUACAUUCAUGAACUUGUUACAAAUGUAGAUAUCAUGUGCUUUGUAGUAGAAACCCCUAUUCAUCUUUUCCAGAAAACGAUUUAUCUCAAAUGAUAACCAUUAAAUGGUUAGGGCUUACCAAUUAUUGUUAAACAUUAGGAAUUCGCAUGGCUUAUACACCAUACCAUGUUUUCUCUUUUGAAAAUGAAUUGAUGUCAAUGUUAAUUUCAUACACAAUAAAUUCACAUGAAAAUGUUAUGAUAUGAUUGUGUUGCCUCUCACAAGAUUGAAAUAUAGGUAUAUGUGUUUUCACAGAUGAAAAGGUCAAAAGGCAUUAUAAUGCAUGUUUGUGAAUAUUAGCUCAGUUGUCACUCAUGGUGAUGUCUGCUUUGUAAGAGCCUUGGCCACACUGUUGCUAUUUUUUUUAGAUCAAAUAUCAGCAUUCUGACAAAAUAGAUGAUUACAGCUCAUCGUCUCAUUAAAGAAUUCAUUUGUAACCUUUUGCAUCUUGGUGGUUCCCGCUCAAAACCGUAUGACACAGGGAGUGGACAAAAUGUACAACUUACUAAUGGUAUACAUUCUGCAAUCGCUUUUGUAGACAAACAUUUCUCUGCUGAUAAUGAAAAAUAAAAAGACAAGGGGAAUAUGCAUAUGCUCAGGUCUUACAUGGUUGUACAUCAGAGUAAUGAAGAGAUAUGAAGUCAUAAUGAGGAUCUGUAUAUCUGUCUGCUUUUGUUAAGCAUGAUCUCAGCAAAAUGAGCCCCCAACCGUUUUAAGAUUUGCAUUUAUUGCAGUGCUGUGCACUUAAUAAAAAAGUAUAAUUACUUCUGAAAUUGCUACUACAGUCAAUUUAAGCAAAGCAUACCUGUGUAUUGAUAAAAUCAAAGAGUCUGAUGAUUGUGAUUUGGAAAAAAUAAUAACUUCUGUGUGGCCGAGGUCAUCAUGGAUAUCUGACCGUGUUCCUGUGACACGAGGUAGUAUUAUAUACGUCAUUAACUGUCCAUCUGUAUUUUGUAAGGCUUCAAGAUAUUUUGUUGCUCUAGUGUUAUACUCUUAUUUUUGUGCCUUGAAAAUCUUUAUCGUGUGCAGAGAACCUAUUUAUGAGGUAAUGUAAAGAAAGAGCUAUAAAGAUAGAUGUCACAAUUCAAAUAAAUGUGCUUGAUAUCGAUUAUGCUUUCGAUGUAGAGUGAUGUUCCAACUUGCCUGGAAUGAAAAUGCUUAAUUAUUUAGACAUUAGAAAAGAAGAAUGUACAUACAUUAUAUAUGUAGUUUUAUCUGUGCCAUUUGUAAAGAGUAAUUCAUCUGUUAGCAGAAGGGCAAAGAAAUAAUUUCCUAUUACAAACAUUGGGUUAAAAAAAACUACCUAAUAAGUUAUGAUAUCAGUUCACCUAUAUAUGUUUACUAAAAGUAAGAAUAAAGAGUCUUAGAAAUGUUGUCACAGAAUAUUAAUGAGUAAUUUCAUCUAUUGACAAUUCAUUCAAUAUGGGAUCAUUUGCUUUCCAACAGUAAAUUUUGAAAUAUUCUGACAGUAAAAUUUCUAAAAACUUGAAUGCACAUUUCAAGGGAUGUCAGAUAGUGUUGUGAUAGACCGUGCCAGUAGUCUCUUUUGAGAUAGCAUUUUCUUACUAAAUCUUCUUCAGUGGUGACAGUAGAAUUAGACAGGUCUAUUUUUCCAUCUGAUAUGCAUUUGGUUCAACUUUUCUCUCUAAUACCUUGUUCAGCUCAUUAGAUGCUCAUUAGACGCUCAUUAUGUCACACCUGACGUUGUCAGGAACACUGCUACAACUUGUUAUCUUUUAGCCUUUUCUAACUGGUUAACCAAAACAAAGACUGCAUUCCUUUGUAAUCAUAUAGAUUGUGACUGUGCAGUGUAACUUAUGUGUAUACAGCAGGCAUAUCUUUGAACAUAUUGACAGAUAUUUCCUUUCAAAAGUUCUAAGAGUACUUGUAUAAAGUAUAUGAAGGAUCUCAUCUUAGUUGAUAUGUGUGUAAUAAAUGUGUGAUGCUUGCAAAUACAUUGAUGACACAAAAUGUAUGGAAUAAAAAAAAAACUAAGUUCAAUGUGCAAAUAAAGAGAUAAAUGUAAAUGCUGA